AUGGAGAAGAGCCAGUAUGGACCCCCGCAGGACGUGUCUGCUCCCCCCUACCCCGGCCUCCCACCUGGCUACCAGGGAAGUGGCGGGGGAACAGCCUACCCCCCUCAGCCUGGCUUCCAGGGAGGUAAGCAACCCGGCAUGUACCCACCACCUCUCCAAUACGGCACGGGCAUGGCACAACCUACAAACGCCCCCAGCAUAACCCAGGUGGUGGUGAUGCAGCAGCCGCUGCCUAGAGACGUACCCGGCCAGAUGACGUGUCCCCACUGUCAGGUCCCGGUUCUGACAGAGACCACACACACCCCUGGACUGGUCACCUGGGUCAUCUGUGGAGUCCUCUGCCUCUUUAUGUAA